UUUAAAUUCUCAGAUUAUGCUAUCCUUGUUCAUCUGAACCCAACUCUUCUAUCUACUAUCUUUAGCUUGCAAGAAUGGCUGCAGCAGCAGCAACUACUACAAGUGCAUCUCUUUUUAAUUCUUCUAAGCAAAUUGCAUCUACUAGUGGUGGAGUUGCUUCAAGAUCACAUGCUGUUCGAUUCUUCGGUGCUCCUGUGCGGACCAGUGCUCCAAUCAAGAGAAAAUCGAACAAGAUCAGUGGGAAAGUCACUGCUGCAGCUUCAGUUGCAGCAGCUCCUGCUGAGGAACUUAAAGAAUAUGUGCUUCCUUCGUGGGCUGAAUUCGACCUUGGAAGAGCUCCGGUUUACUGGAAAACUAUGAACGGUCUGCCUCCUACUGCAGGGGAGAGACUGAAGCUGUUCUACAAUCCGGCUGCAAGAAAUCUGGUCCCUAAUGAAGAAUAUGGAGUUGCUUUCAAUGGAGGUUUCAACCAGCCUAUCAUGUGUGGUGGGGAGCCAAGAGCAAUGCUCAAGAGAGUCAGAGGAAAAGCCGAUCCCCCUUACUACACCAUCCAAAUAUGCAUCCCAAAGCACGCAUUGAGUUUGAUAUUCUCGUUCACGAACGGAUCCGAGUGGGACGGCCCCUACAGGCUGCAGUUUCAAGUGCCGAAAGCUUGGAGGAACAAGCCAACCGAAUUCUUUACUGAGGGUCUUGCUGAGGAGUUGAGCAGAGAAGGUGCUUGUGAAGAAGCUAUAUUUCCAGAUACAAAUGUAGUGGUGACAAGCUGUGCCAUGAUUGGCAACUUAUCAGUUGAAGGAGGUGAUCGAUGCAGUCUAGAUCUGGUGCUCGGAUGCACCGAUCCAACCUCGCCUAUGUUCGAUCCGCUGGCUAAUGUGGAUGAUGGCUCUUGCCCUCCUUAUUCAGACUCUGAGGAUUCCUAGACAUUAUUCUUCCUUCAAAUCCCAUCUUUCAUUUCUGUUGUAAGUAUAUAAUCUCACUUUUCCACCAUGUAUACAUAUUCAUAGCUACUACCAUCAACAUAAUAAAACCAGCUUCUUCUUU